CUGAGGAUGAGGAAUCUCCUCUUUGCCGUGCUCUUGGCUUGUGGGCUGCUGCCCGCUCGCAGCAGCGUCGUGGAGCUGGAGCGGAUGAUCCGGGCGAGCACCGGCAGAAGCGCCCUCUGGUCCUACAGCUGGUACGGCUGCUUCUGCGGCAUCGGGGGCAGAGGCACCCCGCUGGACUCCACCGACCGCUGCUGCCAGGCACACGACUGCUGCUACAGGAGGCUGAGGGAGGGCAGCUGCAGCCCCCUGGUCACCCCCUACCACUUCAGCACCACCGAUGGAGACAUCGUCUGCAGUAAAGAGCAGAGCUGGUGCAGGAGAGAGACCUGCCUGUGUGACAAGGAGGUGGCAUCCUGCUUCGCCAGCGCCCUGGGGUCCUACAACAGCUCCUACCGCUUCUACUUCAGGCUGAGGUGCAGAGGAAGCAAGCUCCAGUGCUGA